GAGAGCGGGCGGUGAGCGGCGGCGCGGCGGGGGGGUUUGCAUCCCAGCAGGCACCGCUCUCUUGCCCCCGAGCCGCGGCUUGAGCGCUGCGUGAGCGAGCGGCUUUCGAGCGGUGGGCCCCGGCCGCCCGUUUUUUGCGCCGGCGCCAGCGCGUGUGAGUGCGUGUGUUGACCGCCGUGGCGUGCGCUCUUCCUUUUUGCAACUCUCGGUGUAUCGUCCGCCCUCCGGUCAGAGUUCUCGUCGUCUGCUUUUAUGACCGAUUCGUUUGACCUGAGCGACCAGCAGCAAGAUCGUGCUAGCUGCAUGCCUCCCACCUCAGAAGGACUCGGAUAGAUGCCUCAUCGAGAAUUCUCGCUUUCAGUUCAUUUCCGUUCAACGCCAGCAAGCGUGCUCAUUCGUCGAUAUUCCUAAGCGUGCGCAUCGCUUUCAAAGGUAUUUUCCAUCGUGUUCAGUGCUCCAUUCUUCCCAGAAAGCCUCAACACCGUGCCGAGUCAUUUGGAGUGCAAGUCCUCCCCACGUGUGAUUCGUCUGCUAGGUGAAGACGAGCAGAAGCGCUGGUGCAUCGUCUGCUGGAGGCUCCAACGGCCAGGGAACGUUGCAGCGUUAAAGCAGGCGCGAUUCUAUACCCGCAAUGAGGUGUGUAGCGCCUGUUGUGCACAUGUGAUUACUCGAUGAGCCUCGGGGCGUUUUGCUCUCGCAUGUGCGCCCGCGAUCUUGCAAUGUGGCGCUUUGCAGCAAGUUCCUAAAGGACUCGCAGGAAGAGCCCGGGCCACCGCUUCCGUCACACUCCAGUCGGCAGACGAAGAUACAUACGUCUCGAGACCUGGCCUUCUCCAGACGGCGGUGCAUUUUCGUCGUCUGCAAAUAACCUCCUGCGCGACGCCGUUAACGGCGCCUGUGCGCCGUCUGCUACUGCUUGCACCGGCUUCCACCAACCCGAAUUGUGCGACCUAGUGCAGAAGCCUUCGUCAUUUGCCCGUUCGCCGUAGAAAGGCCUUCAGUUAUUUGUCCUUCAGUGCACUUUUUUUUUCUUAGUUACAUUGGCGUGCGUGGCAGCGGAGUGGUCUUCUGGAUAAGACAAACCUACAGUCUUCUGCUGGCAUUAUCGUCAAGAGCGUUCUCAGGGGAACAGAAAUCAUCAGGAGUGCGGACAGUCUUCAGAACGUGCGACUGGAGGUUGGUGCACGGACGAUGGCGUGGAGGUCGACCUGGAGAUGAGCUGUGCACCCGGGGUGGAAUGCCCCUGAAAGGCACCUCGGGCCUGGGAAGCCUUUCCUAGCCUCGCGUGCAACCCCCGUGCUCGAUUCUCCAGCAACUGCGCACCCCCUUAUAACCGCGCGACCGUCCUCAGCGACCACAGUUCGAAAUGGCGAGCCCAAGGUUCCGGUCGGGAAAUGCGAUGCUGGCGUCCCUGGCACUGCUCCUGCUGUCAUCGCGCGCCUUCGGCACCGCCGGCGCCACCAGCGAGGUCAGCGACGACGGAGGCGGCGGCGGAAGCGGGAACGGCACGCAGGGCCCGCAGUGCAAGGACGGACUCAUCCUUCCGGUCUGGAUGCCCCAGGAAAACAUAAGCACGGGCGACGUGGUCGCCCGCGGCCUAGUCUACUUCCUGGCGCUGGCCUACAUGUUCAUUGGCAUCUCCAUCAUCGCCGACCGCUUCAUGGCCGCCAUCGAGGUGAUCACGUCCAAGGAGAAGGAGGUGACCAUCAAGAAGCCCAACGGCGAGACGCAGACCAUCAGCGUGCGCGUCUGGAACGAGACCGUGUCCAACCUGACCCUCAUGGCGCUCGGCUCGUCGGCGCCCGAGAUCCUGCUGUCCGUGAUUGAGAUCUACGCGCAGAACUUCGAAGCCGGUGAUCUGGGACCCGGCACCAUCGUGGGCAGCGCCGCGUUCAACAUGUUCGUCAUCAUCGCCAUCUGCGUGUACUCGAUCCCGCCCAACGAGGUGCGACGCAUCAAGCACCUGCGCGUGUUCUUCGUCACCAUGACGUGGAGCGUGUUCGCCUACAUCUGGCUCUACAUCAUCAUCACCUACUCGUCGUGGGGCGUCAUCGAGGUGUGGGAGGGCGCCGUCACCUUCAUGUUCUUUCCGGCCACGGUGCUCACCGCGUACAUCGCCGACCGGAGGCUGCUGAUCUACAAGUACCUCUCCAAGAAGUACAGGGUCACCAAGCGCGGCGUCAUCGUCGGCAGUGAAGGGGAGGACGUCGAGAUGGGUCCCAGCAAGGAGCGGCUGGCCGACGGCAUUCUGGGCGCCGGCACAGUGCGCCUCUUCGGCGAGGAGCAGAGCGCCCAGGCCAAGGAGUUCGAGGAGCACCGCAAGGAGUACACCCAGAUCCUGCGCGAGCUGCGUCACAAGAACCCGGACGCCUCCAUGCACGAGCUCGAGAGCAUGGCCAGAGACGAGAUCAUUGCCCGCUGUCCUAAGAGCAGGGCUUACUACAGGAUCCAGGCGACCCGCAAACUCAUGGGCGCCGGCAACUUGAUUCGGCGCAAGGCGGACCUCCGCGGCGACGCCGGAGCCAAGGACGAAGGCAAGGAGGAGAAGGUCGAGGAGGAGUACGUGCGGCUGUUCUUCGACCCGGGUCACUACACGGUGUUCGAGAACGUCGGCGAGUUUGCCGUCACGGUGGCGCGCGAGGGCGGUGACCCGCAGAGCACCGUGUGCGUCGACUACAACACCGAGGACGGCACCGCCAACGCCGAAUCCGACUACGUGCCCGUCGAAGGCACGCUCGUCUUCCGCCCUGGGGAGACCCAGAAGCAGAUCAUCAUCAAGGUGAUCGACGACGACGUGUUCGAGGAGGACGAGCACUUCUACGUGCGCCUGUCCAACCCGCGGUACCUGGGCAGCGGCGGCAGCGGCGCCGCCAUGAACGGCUCGCCCGGACAGCCGCAGCCUCCGGGACUCACGACGGGCGCAGGCAGGCCGCCAGUGAAGCUGGACACGCCCUCUGUCUGCACCGUCAUGAUCCUGGACGACGACCACAGCGGCGUCUUCAGCCUGCCCGAGAGCCAGGUGGAGAUAAGCGAGGCCGUGGGCGAGUACCACAUCAAGGUGAACCGGUUCAGCGGAGCCCGCGGCCGCGUUUUUCUGCCGUACAAGGCCAUCGAAGGCACGGCCAAAAUGAACAAGGACUUCGAGCCCUGCGAGGGAACACUCGUCUUUGAGAACAACGAAACCAGCCAAGAAUUCUCACUGUAUGUCAUCGACAACGAAUCUUACGAGAAGGACGCCGUCCUGUACAUCGAACUCGGAGAACCGAAACUGGAGGAAGACGACCCUUACUACAUCCAAGAAAAGCUGGCCUAUGAGAAAUCAGAUCUCCUUCGCGAGCACGGAGUGGACGAAGUGCCCGAGGUCGAGCUCACCGAGGCGCAGAAGAUUGCGCUCAUGGGACGACCGCGCUUGGGUGACCAAUGCCGUUGCACCGUGCGCAUCAAGGAGAGCAAGGAGUUCAAGAACACAGUGGACAAACUUUUCCAAAGAGCCAACAUUUCGUUGAUGAUUGGAACGUCCUCAUGGAAAGAGCAAUUCGUCGAAGCCAUCACUGUGGUAGCUGACGACGACAGGAACAAGUUUAAGACGGAAGAAGCGUUCGAAAUGGAGAACAUCAGCUUGAAAUUCGGCAAAGACGACGACGAGGAGAAUGGUGAAGAGGGCGACGAGGUGACCGUGCGCAUGCCUUCCUGCUCGGACUACGUGAUGCACGUGUUUACCGUAUUCUGGAAGGUCCUCUUCGCGUUCGUUCCCCCUACAGAUUACUGGGGUGGAUGGGCCUGCUUCGUCACCAGCAUCCUUCUCAUUGGCGUCCUGACCGCUUUUGUGGGCGACCUCGCGUCGCAUUUCGGCUGCACCAUCGGACUCAAAGACUCCGUGACCGCUAUCUCCUUGGUCGCACUGGGAACAAGUAUACCUGACACCUUCGCCAGCAAGGUGGCGGCGCAAAACGACAAGUACGCCGACUCGUCCAUCGGCAACGUGACCGGCAGCAAUGCGGUCAACGUCUUCCUCGGGAUCGGCGUCGCCUGGUCACUGGCCGCCCUGGUGCACUGGGGACGAGGGACGACAUUCGAGGUGCUUCCGGGCAACCUGGCCUUCUCAGUCACCAUCUUCUGCGUCUGCGCCCUCUUGUGCUGCGUCGUUCUGUUGAUGCGCCGCAACAAGAUCGUAGGCGGAGAACUAGGGGGACCGAUGCGCUUCAAGUUGCCCACCACCAUCCUCUUCGGCGGCCUGUGGGUCUUCUACGUGACGAUGUCUGCCCUCGAGGCGUACGGAGUCAUUCAAGGAUUCUAAGGAGACCCAUGGCCCGGCGGCGAUCCCACACGUUUGUCCUUCGCCGUAGCAUCGCGGAACGUUUUGAAAGGGGGGGACGGGGGCACUCAAAACGUUCCUCGACAACAUCGAAGACCACACUCCGAAAAGGAAAAAAAAAAAGAACGAUCUGCGAGCAAGGACCUGCUACCGUGUCUGGGGACCGACGCUUGUCGCUCCUGGACUGCCACUGUGAACAGCCUCCGAAGUGUUCCAAGAGUUCGGAGACUGCUGCUCCACCAAGAUUACGUUUUUUCGGCGGCUUUGGACAUUGUUCUGGGCCCGGGAACGCACACGCGGAGAUGUGCGAACGUUGUCGCUAUCGACGACAACGUUUAGCGGGAGACGUUUGGCAGUGGUGGCCUCCGCUAACGCUCUCCAGAGCUCGCAUGACUCGCCCCGCGCCAUUCGUCCCUAACUCCCAUAGAGCACUUUUUUUGAUGAGGUACACGCAACCGGACAUCGAACAUCUUCUCUUAUAUAAGAGACCUGAAGAUAAAUUUGAAAAGCUUGCAAUGGCCGUAGAGUGAUCGAAACUACCACGUGAGGGAAAGUUUCGUGUCUCGUCCAACCACUCGCCGUCAAUAUAACUUUGUGCCAGAGUUAGCCGCUUGUUUGGGCACAUGCGCUACAAAUUAGCAGUGACCGACACGUUUGUCUAGCUGAUGGAGUCCCUGGCAUUCUGGCAUGACAGCCUCGCGUGACACGCUCAGUGGCUCAACGAAUCAAUACCUGCGCUUUCCUCUGUUACAGUGUCGUGUGCAGAGACGUCAAAAAGUGGGGUACGGUAGCAAAAAACGCUGCCGCGUGAUCAACCACGUCUUUCCCUAUGACGAUACAAGGCGCGACGUAAAGCCUUGGUUUAGCGGCAUUGCACGGUUGACGUGCCACGCUAAAUCACUGUGAAAUGCCAAACAAAAGCGGGAAGGCCUGCGUAUUCAAGACAGUGUGUGAUACCAUCUUGACUGUGGCUGUUGACGUUGUGGUCUCACAGCAAGUAGGGCAAGUGGUCACACCUUCGAAUGGCUUGCGUGUGCGAAGCAACCACGUACGCUAUGAGCGUACGUGGGUCACUGAGAAAUGCGACAGUUUAGGGAAGAUACAUGGUUGAAACAAUUUGUGCGUGCACUGGGCAAAUCGCUACCUGCAUCGUAGCAUUACGUGGCAGAGAACAACAACGUGGUGUCUCGAAUUAUGCGUCGUGGUGCGAGUUGUGCAUAGACACUGCAGGAUGGCGCCUCUUUGGACACUUGAUGCGUGCUAGAAGUAUUCGUGCGCAUAGUUAGAAGUCCCUUCUGAACUCCCAAUGAACAGAACGGACUUUUCAACGUGCGCGGCGACCUGCUACUCACGACCUCCGGACUGGAUUGUGAAGGCGAAGCAAGAAUUCCAGGCAGGAGGAGUACGAGAGCUUGCGUUCGGCACCUGCGAUUCAGAGGGAGUUGUUCGUUUGCUCUGGUCGUGAACAUGGACCGCACAUAAGCAACAAGAGGACCCUAAUUACAAUGCUUGCCGUUCCAUUGCGAAUGACUGAUGAACUGUGCUUACAGAAAAGAAGCCCAUAGACGAAGCAGUCGGUCAAGAAUGAGCCACUCUUUCUCCUGGAACAUCAUGCUUGUCGCAGUUUAUCCGUUCGACGCAGUAGUGUGACCAUCUUGAGACUUCCUCACAGAGUGCGGCUGUCCUAAUGAAGUUCCCUACGGAGCCCCUAUCCAAACUGCUUUGUUGCUUUGGCUAAAUUGCGUUAUCUGGAAAUGUUCAUACGUUACAGCGUUCAUUGGUUAUGAGUGCAACCCCUGGACGAACAAAGCACGUGGGUGAAAGAGGUGGAGAAAUCACAAUUAAGAAGAUCGACGUGUACUAACCGGAGUAACGAUAAAAAAAGAACUUGCACGUAUGAAGGCUGUCGGGAGAAUUGGAAUAUUGCUGACUGGCUCUUACAAACAUCAAAACCACUUUCGAAAGAGCAUCGCCUUUCAAGUGCGUAGGCCUGCGAUAUCUGAAAUGAUUUGACGACCUGUAUUACGUGAGUGCUCGCGACGACUGACACUUGAUCAUUGUGUUGCAAUGCGAAGAAGUUAUCAAAGAACGAUAGUGGGAUCGACUGCGUUCAGAUCCGUUGGAGUGUCCUCGCGGAAAAGUGUAGUGAAACAAAAAAUCAGACACGUACCACAACUGAGAGACUUGUCAUUGCUGCAACAGUAUUUAGGGCUUUUCGGCUGAGUCAGUCUCUGUUUUGCGCCUCCUGGUCUUACUAACAACGAUUCUUCGAAAAAUGUUAUGUGAGAUCACCGAAAUAUCUUUCUUUUUUAGUCCUGGUGGUCUGCAGACGAGGUACGAAACAUUAUGAAAACUUGAGAGGAAAGAGUUCUUUUCAAAGGUGCGCUACAUUACAGACACCGUGACAAGCCUAGCAGCAGUAUCUAAGGUGGCAGUACCACGAAAAGCUUUCCCCAGAAUAUCGUAAUACCCGUGCGGAGUUGCUCUCUUAUUCAUGGAACUUUCACCUGUGUCAAGACAACGGUCAAGCCAACACGAAAUAUCCGUGUGCCGCAGUCGAGACUGCGUGUGAAAGAAGAAUGCCGGAAAUACAAUGCUUACCACGUAGCUCAUGAAAACACAGCCAUCGCCAAGCUAGUUUACCGCCUAUGUAAGCAAAUGGGGCCCAUAUGUAGGAUUUUUCGGGUCUCGUCACGGUAAAUCCGGCAGCAGUCAGUGCGAUAUGCUGGUGGAGUUAUAUUGAGCCGUGCUUUCUUUGAACUCCUUCAAGAGUCAAAAGAGAGUCAUAAUGAAUUAUUCGCAUAGGCUGCUUCCAGAAACUCCGUCAGCCUCCGCAUGUCCGAAGAUUCAUUACGUUCAAACUUUAACUACCGUCACAUCUUCAUCGUGAAUAGCCACACCAAGACAAGGAAAAAUAUUGAAGAUCGACAUAUGAUAAAAUUGGCUCCAUGUAGUGGCGACGUGCGCAUGGAGAAAACUGCGAACAGAGCAUCGAUCGUACCUUUCGCCGACUUCGUUGAGAAACUUUGUGGUUGACGUCCAGAGGUCGUCGUAAAACUAGUGUGUUGACCUGCACGCUCUCUCUCUCUCUCCCUCUUCGUGUUGUUGUUCUUUUACGUUGCGUUCUCUUUGCUCCACUGGUGUAAUUCCUUCCCACUGUCUGUGCCCCACGUGAAAGCGUCACGCUCCAUCUUGGACAGGAGUGUGCCGAUGCGAGAAGGAAAAAGAGGACGCCCUCCCCGAACACCGAGAGUGCACGUGCUCGUGUGUGUGUGAGCUAGUGUGUGUGUACGUUUUAGUGCCGUAGUGACGCUUCCCUGUUGCAGUGUUUAUGAACUGGAGCGAACAUUAUACGAACUCGAGCGGGCUGUUAACUGGCCGCUCGGUUUGCGGAUGACGCUGUCUCGACUCAAGAGUGUUUUUUUGUUUUGUUUUGUUUUUUUCGUCUUCUGUUGCACCUCGCGAUCCUUCAAGCCUCGGGACUUAAAAGGAACACACUCAGCAGGUGCUGCGGCGAGGAAGUGAGGAACACGAAGCAUGCAGAAGGGAACUCAGAGCAAAAUACCAAAGCUUACCUCUUUCUCCAUCGUUUUUCCUCGCGAAGUAUGCUGUUUCACAUAAUUCUCGCAACUUCUUGUCUGCUUCGAAAGCUCAUGUGCCGUUUAUAUAGCAAAAGUAGUUUGCGUCAUUGCGUAUCACACAGUGUUACAGGUUGGCGAGCAAAGUGCGCUGUCCUGAGGCAUCGCGUAUCUAAAUGUAAAAGGCAGUCGCUGUCUUUUUUUUUUUUUUCUUUUUAGCGUCGUUGACUGCAGAAUGCCUUACAUAGCUGGUCGCUGUCGCGGGCGUUCCCAUAUCCGGGCGACGGUUCUUUUUUUUUCGCUGGUUAUUGCAGGACAGGUGUGCGAAGAUUUUUCCCUCAACCACUCUUAUAUCCCAGGACGCCUCCGUACUGUUUUCAAUCACAUACACGGUGAAUGCAGAUAUAUCAGGUUUCUCUACAUCUUCGCGAACGUAAAGGCAUAUCUUAGCGAUCGCUUGACCACUGGUGAUGAGGAUUUUUAUCGGCGUAUCGGCAUUAGAAUUUGUACGUGCGUACGGCAUUUAUCUUCGUACGAGGGAGACGGGAAGAAGUUGCUCGUAAGGUGAACAAUAGGGUACGACACUUCCGCAUUAGCGAGUUUUAGAUGAAAUGCAUUAGUAGAAAAUUUAGACACACAAUUCAAAAGAGUGCACGUGGGUAGAUACAAGGAUACGACUUUAUUUUUUGUAUAAACACGUCUUAAUUAGGGAUGCUUAGUUUAUACGCGUGGCGAUAUUCGGCUUCAAACUAUGCCUUACGCAAUUUCCUAGUAGUUAUAAUGAAAUUGUCGAUCUUGUAUUUGAAUGCGGCUUGAGGUGCGUGGCGAUUGAUGUUUAAAGAAAGAAAGAGUCUGCGGCAGCAGUCCGCGCAUAUAAGUCGCAUAUAAGUGGCAUGUAUAAAAAGCUACGUACUGUCGAACAUUAGCAGCUUUGUACAAAGCGGCAUCUCAGUAGCUACCGCGCACAGUACUAAGACCACGUGGCAGGGGCGCGGCGACGGUGACGUCACGGUGACGGCACGCCUCCUAAAGAGUUUGCUCUCGGAGACGACAGUUCAACGUCGUCAAACUGUUUCACGUGUAAUUUUUUUUUUUUUUGCUUGCCUCAACUAUAAUUGUCUCUCCUAGUCCUUAGUCGAGCACAUUGUAAACGAGCUGUACUGUCUCCGACCUUCCCUUUCCGCACUAUCGAAUUUUCCACUCUCCCUCGCUUUCUCCUUCCAUGUAAACUCGGGGAGUUUGUACAAUUAACAGCAAACUAUACUUCUUUGUGUUACUUCAAGACUCGUUGUGCUGCUUGUCCGACUGCUCCAUUCCCACACAGAGAGGAUAUAUAGAAAUGUUGUUCUCAAGUGAUUGUGCCGAGAAAUAUUACGAAAAAUUGAAGAAACAGAAAAAAAAAAGAAACACGAGAACUGAGCAGCUGUUA